UUGUGCAUUGGAUUUGAGAAAUGACACAACAAAACACUAUUAGGCCACAGGGUUAUGUCCAGUGAAGCUGUAAAUCCCAACAAAAAGAGAAAAGCUAGACAUGAGUAUCAAUAGUACAGGCCUAAAGGAAGUAAUAAUCUUUAAAUUGGGUCCCGGUCUACUAAAACUGGCUGGGGUUUACGUCUGUUUUGAUAGGCUAGUGUACUGGCUAGCAUAGGAUUAGCCCCGGUCUGUGCCUCUCAUGUAACAACCUUUGCAACCUUUUAGAUGUUUGGUUUGUUGUUGUUGUUGUUUUUUUUCCCCUGCAAAAUGCACACGUCAAUUUGCCUAAGACGACUUUUAAAAAAAUGCAAAAGCCUAAAAAAUGUGGAAACAAGAAGCACAGACUAAGUUAGUUAGGAUCCCACCGUGGUUGCAGCUCCUGUUAUGUUAAGUAGCCUUGAUUAUCUCUGCUGAUAGAGGGCUUAGCGGGAUGUAGCCACACUGGAGCAAGCUGAAUGGCAACAGUUGCACACAGAAACACCGAUACACUGGUGCAGUUUGGGACAUAACAGUGUAGCCACAAGCACUGACGCCAUGACAACCAGUGGCUGCAUGACAACCAACCAUGACCCCAUGGACAGAGCAGACCGCUUGGCUCAUGUUAUCACCCAAGGGUGCCCAUUAUAUAGUUGUAGAUAGCCUUCAGCUGAUCCAAACAUAACAGUCAUUAAAAAAAAAGAGAUGCAAAACAGUGAAGCAGCUGCAGAAGGGCCACAUCAUGGACAAAGGAUGAUUUUUACAGGCCCAGAUGGAAUUGGUGACUACAGGCCAAGAUCCAAUUAUUUCCCCCAGUACAUCGGUGUGGGUGCCUCAUCACCUGAGGCCACAGGUGACCUCAGUUUCUUGUGCCGGGCUGCACCAAAUGCCCCUCCACCUAUACCCAGGCAGAGCUUUGUGGGGGAGGUUGGCUGGGGCUGGCAGUACAACCAGCUGUUGAACAGCGGGACACUGCUCAGCAAUAUGCAAAUUAAGAAAACUGAGUUACGAACAGCGCUGGAGGACAGAGUGACUCACAGGUUCCAGGACAAACAAGCGAACAUGAUGGAUGACUCACAAGUCAACACCAAGUUUCACAGAAACAGACAGAGCUAACAGCAGAUGGCAUUCUGCCACCUACGGCGGCCAGAGGACCUGGUUGUUAAUGAGAUGUGUCGAGUUUGAUUAAGCAUCUUUUAAUCUCCGUAACAUGUUGACUUUUCUACAGUUUCAUUUUUCACACCCUCCAGCCUGAAUAAUUCAAGCAUAAUUCACAUGCAUUUUUUUUUUUUUUGGUGUCAAGCAGACUGACAUUUCUAUCUACCUGUGAAAAAGUUCAAGCCAAGUUUAUGACUCCACUUUUUCAGUUGUAAUCAUUGUGCUUCACUAUGGUAUUCUGAUGCAGUCUUUGACAAUAUAAACAGAGAAAAACAGUGCUCAUUGUCAAAGUUUUCACAAUCUGUCAUAUAUGGUAUUGAUUUCUCAAACUGAAGAUUGUCUUUUCAAGGAAAACAGCCAAUAUUGACUUUUAUCAGAGGUCCCUCCCCCCUCUCACAGUGUCAAAGAUGUGGACUGUGAUUCCUGUAAGGCACCUGG